ACAAAAUUUCAAUUAUUUAAAAUUGAAAUAAGACUCGUAAUAAUAAAAAAACGUGUUUUAUUAAAAUAAAGUGAUCACAUAAGUAAUACAUAAUUAAUUUCCUCAUAGUCACACCUAAUUACAAGUAAAAUUUCCACACACACUUAAAAAACUUGUACUUUGCCCCCUUAUUGCUUGUUCUCCCCCGAACUCGAGCUCGUCUCCUCCCCCAACAACUGCUGCAAAUCCACCCCUUCAAACUUCCCACUAUCCACGUUAUUGGCCGCAUGUGCGAUAAACAACUCCUUGAGGAACCCCAACUCCUUCGUCAAAGUCUUCACCUUCUCCUCCAAAACGGUGUUCUCAUUCCGGAGCUUCGUGACCCGGUUCAAGGUCUCCUGGGUCUUUUGUUUGGACUUGACACGACUCCUCUUCACCGCCUAAAAAACUGUCUUUUUUUGGGGCCACAAACCAACAAAUCUCACCAAAUUGUUGCGGUCGCGCUUCUUGCGGUACUCAUCCGAGUCCUCCCCCGAUUCGGGGCCCUCUUUUUUGACACGACCCUUCCUGGGAGGCAUCUGAAACCCACAAGCUACAGAAACGCAAUCGGACACUGUCAUUCUGCGAAAAUGGGGCACAAGGGGUAAGCGCGUCUGUGACGACUCUGUGGUGUUUACUUACGAUGCGAAUUGCGUAAUUUUGCGCAAAUUUGAGACAAUUGGGGCUGUUGGCAAAUGUCAAAAUAAACGUCAACUGUCAAACUGACCAACAUCGAAUAAAAAUUCGAUGUAAAAACAAUUACAACGAAAUUAUUACUACACAAUUGUGCCAAAAUUAAACACAGGAAGGGUAAUGAAAACAUGUUACAUCGAACUUGACAUCGAAGUUAUUGAUACAUCGAAUCGUUUCAAGCUACUAUAAAAAAUACCAAUCAGACAAGAGUUCUAAUAACGAGUCAAGAGGGGGGUACACAGCACAGGGGGGCUCCCGUGUUAAUUGUGUUUUUUUUAACGGUUUAUGGUUUCGAUGUUGGGUUAUCAAAAUGGCGUCCUUGACACGUCACUUGUCAAAUAAAACUAACCCACCCAAAAAGUGAUAAGAAGAAGUGAUAACAAUGGAAUUAUUACAAAAUCCACUGUUUGUGCUUUACUUAAGCGUGGCUGUGUACUACGUGAUAAUUCCGGUCGGUUUCGUGACAAAUUGGUGGCUAUCAGUGGAGACAAUGGCACCGAACGGGACAAUUCUUGUAACAGGGGGCGCCGGUUAUGUCGGCUCUCACACCGUCGUGGAACUCCUAAACAAUAAUUACUCAGUGAUAGCCCUCGACAACCUCGUCAAUUGCUACGCCGAGAAGAACCAAAAACCGGAGUCCCUCAAACGCGUCGAACAAAUCACAAAGAAACAAAUCACUUUUUACAACAUUGACAUCAGGAAUAAAGACGCCUUGGACAAAGUUUUCAAAACUCACAAAAUCGACGCUGUUAUCCACUUUGCGGCCCUUAAAGCCGUCGGGGAGUCGGUCCAGGUGCCCCUCAUGUACUACCAGAACAACAUCGCCGGCUCGAGCACCCUCUUCGAAGUGAUGCAAAACAAUGGGGUGAAAAAAGUUGUCUUUUCGUCAUCGGCCACCGUUUACGGCCUCCCCCAACACCUCCCCAUCACAGAGACGCACCCCACGGGCCAAAACUGCACCAAUCCCUAUGGAAAAACGAAAUUUUUCGUUGAGGAAAUCCUCAAAGAUGUGUGCACUUCAGAUGCUGAAUGGAAAGUGAUUUUAUUGCGGUAUUUUAACCCCGUGGGGGCGCACACUUCGGGCUUGAUCGGCGAAGACCCCUCAGGUACCCCCAACAAUCUAAUGCCAUACAUUUCUCAGGUAGCUAUAGGUCGUAGAGAGAAGGUGUUCGUUUUCGGGAACGACUACUCAACCAAAGAUGGGACUGGGGUCCGUGACUAUAUCCACAUCACGGACUUGGCAAUAGGGCAUUUGAAGGCCCUUGAAAAAAUGAACGAGAGUGGUUUCAAGGGCUGGAAGGCCUAUAAUUUGGGCACGGGUCAAGGUUAUUCAGUAUUAGAUUUGAUCAAUGCUUUUGAGAGAGCCUCAGGUCAGAAGAUCAACUAUGAAAUAGUUAAAAGAAGAGAAGGGGAUAUAGCGAGUAGUUUCGCUGAUCCUUCUUUGGCCAAAAAAGAGUUAAAUUGGACGGCGACUAGAGGUGUGGAUGAGAUGUGUCGGGACACGUGGAAUUGGCAAAAGCAGAAUCCUAACGGGUUUCAGAAGUAAUGAUGUAUGUAUGACGGGAAGGCUGGUACUUAAGCAUUUAUACACCCAGUAACUUGGCCAUAUUUUAUGCAAAACUAUACUUGUUGAAAAUAAAACUAUAUUUUUUUAA